GACGCUUUAAAAUAAAAUUCCGUGGAAAUUGUUUUGAAUCAUUUCAAAUCUGAUGUCAUUAAUUUGAAUGAAAUCAUUAAUAAAAACUAUCUAGUGUCAUCAAUUUAUAAUUUCAAAGCAUGUUCAUAUCGUUAAAAAUAUUAUCAGUCUCUAAAAAUAAAGUGUCAUCAAGUUUCUGCAGAUAUUUUUUUAAUUUUUUGGGUUUGCUAUCGCGGUCAUCAGUGAUCAGAGAUCUGACAUUUUGUUUUGUUUCAACAUACCUACAUUUCACAAUUUAAAAUAAAAUAUGGAUUUUCCAGUGAUUUUAGUAGUUUCAAAUUGUGCACAGACAUCGGCUUUAGACGUCAUAGCAAACAUAAGAAAAAUUUCAAACAAUGAGCAGAAUCACAAGAGCAAUGACUCAACUUUAUACCUUCAUGAUAUCAACACAAAGUAUUAUAACACUCAAGUGGCGCUUUUCCCCAUAGAUGAAGUAGAAAAAUUGUCGGCGUUAGAAAAGAAUGCUGUGGAAGGCUUUCUUAUAUAUUUCGAUUCAAAGGACCGAACUACUCUGGACAUACUUGACCAAUAUGUUGAGUUUAUAAAAUUCUAUAACAUUGAAUUUUGCAUAAUGUUAUGUCAAAAACUUUCUGAUGACAUUACGACUGGAGUUACAUUCAAAUGCAUAAAGGAUUGCUAUCAUAUGUUAGACAUCAUAGAAUUGGAAAAAGAGGACGAAUGUGAUGAUUCAGAAGAUGAUUGCUUUAAUCCUUCAGGCUAUGAAGAGUUGGCUCAAGCAUUACGAAGCUUCAUCUGGUCAAAUGUUGAUGUAAAUCAUGUUUCAACAAAUGGCGAAUCUCGAAUGUCUAUCGUGGAAAAAGACAAUGAUGACAAUCCAAGUGAAGAAGUUGAUGUUGAAGGUGAACUAGAAAACUUUGAGAAGCUUUUAAAUCAAAUGAUGCAAUUCCGUCCUGCUACAAGCAACAUGUCACGUGAAGAUCGAUUGAAUUGUGCUCAAGAGUUUGCUGAAAUAUUUGAAAAACUAAUAAUGCAAGAUGAAGAUGUAGAUAAUUAAAACAAUAAUUAACUAUGCAAGAUCGUAUGACGUUAUUGUUAUUUUUUUUCAUUAUCUAGAUGAAUGUUUCCAAUGCCCUUCAUUCACAGAAAUCUAUAAGCUUGUUUAAGUAAUAAAUUUAUAUCUAAUCAGAGUAAUUAAAAGCAUAUUAAAAAAA